AUGUGCUCAGCAAGCAAGAGAUUGCCCACGUCGACCCAAUGGGAAGCGCUCCUCCCGGCUCAUUAUCGGCGUCAUCUGUACACCGGAAUCUCCGCCCGUGGUCCUGACCCCGUCGACGGAUCUUCGCAGCCACCGACGAUCAACCUCUGUCCUGACGCAGUGUCCGACGAGGGUACGCUGCAGACCUACUUUGACAUCGAUAGCGCCGGUGGCCUUGCUCGUAGUCUUGCGGGUGCUCGCGGCGGCAUUCAAUAG